UGCAAUUCCAAUUCCAACCCUCAUAUCCCGCUCUAUCUCUGAUUCUUGCCCGAAACCCUCCCACCCAACACUUCUCCGACGAUCUCCCGCUUUUCAACUUCUUUGUCUUUUCGUCAAAUCCCCUGCGCUUUCAGAUACCCUCCGCCCGCCACCUCCGUCCGCAUCCUCCGCCGCCAUCCCACCCACUUUGCGUUUUUUCACGCUCAAUUUAGGACCCUGUAACUGUCUACGUCACUGAUCGGACUUGUGAGAGCUGUAUCUUGUGGUGCCCUGUCGUCUUCUCCGAGCUCUUUUAUUUCCCCGGAUGACCGCUCGUGUCUCGGGCAGUCACACCCGCCGCGAUGGAUAAUGCCAAUCUGUGGACUCGUCGAGCAAACUCCUCCAAACUGUCUUUGUCCAUGUCCGGAACCGACGGCAAGGACGGUGCCCGCGUCGACAUGCCCCGCUCAUCCAUCAAACGAUUCGGCCCCGACAGCUCCCACGGCCGUUCCAAUCCUUUUAACGCAGUAUCCCCGAUGUCUACUGGGGUCUCUUCUCCCUCAAUCAAUGCCUCAUCCGCCUUCGGCCUCGGCUCGGGUGCAUUCGCCUCGUUCGGCACCCCCAAGUCAGAAGUGAAGACUCCUGGUGAGAAGCGCGAUCCUUCCGCAGAGCAGGAGGAUGCCAUCCGAGCCAAAGAAAUGGAUCAGGCUUCCAUGUCUGGGCCCGGGGAGCACCCGCUCAAGUCGACUUGGAUUGUCUGGUACCGCCCGCCUACACCCAAGUACUCGGACUAUGAGAAGUCGACGGUGCCGCUGGCGUCGAUAUCGUCGGUAGAGAGUUUCUGGGCCGUAUACUCGCAUCUGAAGCGGCCGUCGCUGCUGCCGACUGUGUCGGACUACCACAUCUUCAAGAAGGGCAUUCGGCCCGUCUGGGAGGAUGAGGCGAAUAAGCGCGGCGGCAAGUGGAUCGUGCGAUUGAAGAAAGGUGUGGCGGACCGGUACUGGGAGGAUCUAUUGCUGGCGAUGGUGGGCGACCAGUUUGCCGAGGCUGGGGAUGAAGUCUGCGGUGCCGUGCUGAGCGUGCGGGGUGGCGAGGAUGUGCUGAGCGUAUGGACGCGGAUUGAUGGGGGGCGGAACAUCAAGAUCAGAGAAACGAUCAAGCGUCUGCUCGCCUUCCCGCUCGACACCAACAUCAUUUGGAAGAGUCACGAUGAUAGCAUUGCCCAGCGCUCUGCCAUUGAUCAAGCUCGUCACGAGAAAGCCACUUCGUCUGCCAAUCCCGGAACUCACCUGGGCUCUGAGCGGCGGCGUGCCGGCCAUGAUGAUUCAGAGAAGGCCUCAUAAUUGCCCCUCUGGAUUGUGGCCUUGAGCCCUGUAUAGUACAGCCGACCAAAAACCAAAAACACUUUUUUAUGCACUUACUCAUUGGGACGCGUUUGGGUCUGGGGGACGGCGGGGCAUCGAGGCGAACUCAGCGGUUUGAUUUGAAUUCUAUGUCUUUGAGUGAAACUCAUUUAUGUCUAGUUUGUGUCCCUUUUUUUCUUUUUCUUUUUCUUCUAUCUGCCUUCGAUCAUGCGUGAUGUUUAUUUUUCUUCUCCCUGAUGCGAAAAGUGCAGCUGUAAUCUGCAGAUGGCGUGGUCAGGUCCGUUCUAUAAGUCUAUCUAACUGUAGGUAGUAUGUUCAUUUAGUUGUGGCUCCAAAGUUCAGUUAUGUAUUGGAGUGUCUGACUCGAGCUAUAUGAAUAUACCAAGGUAUAUUUUCUAUUUCUAUUUCAGUCCAAUGAC